AUGACAGAGCAGAAAAACAGAGUGGAUCAAGAAACCAGAGACGUUGCGAUUACUCAAUCGAGGAAGAGAGAAGAGUUUUCAAAAGGUUCUCGGGUAAGAAGAAACAAAUCCAGAGUAAUAUGGGACGAAGGUCAUUUACGCUCGACAUCACAGAAUUCGACUAACUAGCUCGAAGAAAAUGGGCAGCAGAGAACAAGAACAAAUGCAGGAAUGCAUCUGGUGAGGGGCACCUUCCAUUGCCUGGCCUUCUCCAAUUCGAUGAUAUCCGCCAUCUCCGGAUCCACUUCCUCCAGCGAGGCAUUAAGCUGCUUCGGCCACUACAUUAUCAUAAAACGCCUCCAGAUCAAUCCAAGACGACCAGCAGCGGAAGUCAUUCGGAAUUCACGACUCCACUCGCGUGAGCGGGCGCUGAAGUGCAUGAAGAGAGAAGGAACAUGAAGACAACGAGCGUAACUCACCGUCACGUGAGGUCUCGGCUUCUCCUGCACCGCCUCGUGUGGCAACGACGACUGCGGAUGAAAAAAGACAGAGAGGGUCAGGCGAGGCGGGGAUACCAAGUGUCAUCGCAGAUUCAGCACUUGUCGAUCGUCGUCCCGAUCCUCCCUCCCAUCGUGGAGAAUCGGGAACGAGGAAGAAGCAGGGUACGGAGCUCGGGUGGUAGAGAGGAGUAAGAAAAAGAGGAAGUUGAAGAAGAAAGGAAUCCCCGGCGCUCACCAUGUAAUAUAGGGAGCCACCAUUGAAGAGCCCGGGCCGCGCGAGGGACCUCACGCCGGCGGCGCCGGCGGCGGAGGAGAGCUUCCGGAGAGCCGUCACCGUGGCCAUCUCUUCCGACCACUCGCGCUCGAUCACCUUGCGCGAUGGCGACGAGAGCGCGACUCUGCAGAGGCGAAGAAGAGCCACCACCACCACCACCUAAAGACCACUACCACCGUCCAAUACCCGCCCCUCCGCUCCCACCCCCACCCGCUCAAAAAUAA